AAAUCUGUAUUCCUCUCUUGUCUUAACUUGCAGGGUAAAUAAUUUGCUCGAGAAGAGCCAAAGUGGGUUCUUAGUGGAAAAUCUAUGUAGUACAGAGAUGAGUGGCCUUAAAAGUUGAAGUGAGUUGGUGUUAUUGGCAUGGUAUGUGUUGGACAGCCCAACCUUGUGAACCGUGAUGGGUGCGUGGGCCGUGGAUGGAUUUCAUGUCUGUGGCGGAUCGGACUAGGAGCCCCAGGGCGGUGGGGCAGCCAGGCAGCUCGAUGGGGCUGAAGGACAGUGUCCUGGUUCAAAAGGAUAUAUAGGCAGGGGAUGCUUGCCACUCUCCAGACUGGCUCCUGGUGAGGGCAUGAAGAGCUGCUUGAGAGGAGGCAAGAGAGUCAGGCUGUUACAUCUCAUACAGGGUACCACAGGUGAGGUACCACAGGUGAGGUACCACAGGUGAGGUACCACAGGUGAGGUACCACAGGUGAGGUACCACAGGUGAGGUACUGCAGGAGAACUGGUGAGUUAUUGUCCUGAAGAGGAUUGCUUUUAAAUUGGGUCUGGUGUGUUCUUUUAAAAAAUUGUGUCUAGUUGGUGUACAAGUUUCGAUUGUUGUUUAAUGAUUGAUUACAAAGACUGCAUUUUCUACUUGCUUCCAAGUGGUGGAUUCUCUGCAGUUCAAGUGAGGGGCAGACAUGUUCUUCAAGUUUUUAAAUGGUGGAGCAGAGUAGUUUUUACAAUCUGACAAAUAUUCUCACUGUGUGCCAAGUAAAAAAAAAAAGAAAAAUGUUGAUCUGAGAACCAUUCCACACACAUCUCUGCUUCAGAGUUGAUAGUGUUGGUUAUUGUUGACCAGGGACGCUGUUAAUUGGAUCACACGGUGGGUCGUCCAUGUUAGGCAGUAGAUUGGACAUUGAUCCAUCGUGUGGUUUGGUCAGAGCAAAGCAGACCGGUGGAAAACAUGUCAGUGGUCCUCUAAUCUGAGAAACUAUUCAUUUACUCUCCUCUCUGUCCUCUAUGCCCUCUCUGCCCUCUCUGUCCUCUAUGUCCUCUCUGCCCUCUCUGCCCUCUCUGUCCUCUCUGUCCUCUCUGUCGUCUCUGUCCUCUCUGCCCUCUCUGUCCUCUCUGUCCUCUAUGUCCUCUCUGUCCUCUCUGCCACUUAUCUUCUAAUUCCAAUCCCUGUUUUAUUAAAACUGUGAGGAUGACAUCGAAAACCUGGUUGGGAUGACUUGGAAAUCCUUUUUGGGAGAACACUGAUACAAACUCGUAGAAGAACCUUGCAAGGCCUUGCUCUGAACUCUGAGUGUUAGUAGAUGGCAGAGUGUACUAUAGCCCCAGUAGCAAUGGAGGACAGUGACCAUGAGGCUCACUCAUCAUCAGAUGACCUGGACUCCGCCCCGCCAUCCCCUGACCACACCAGGGACCACCACCAUGAGCCCGAACAGCACUCAAGCCAUUACAAGGAUGAUUCUGAAGACUCUGAGUUGGAGAACAUCAUGCAACAAGACCCCCACCACAGCGGGGACCACCCUCACCCGCCUCUGGGCGGCUAUGAGCACAGCCCCGACCAUGAGCACUCCCACCCGGUGGACAGGGAGGCAGAGGGUGGUGACACCCCCGGAACGCCCACCUUUUUGCGGCCCCCCACGGCGGGUGGCAGGGCCCAGUCAGACAACCAGGGCGUAGGGAGGCUGCAGUUGGGUGGAUGUGGGAUGGUGGAUCACUAUGACAUGCAGUCUCCCCUCAGUCCCACCAGGCCCAAGAGCCCCUGGGGCCGCUUUGAUCCCUACGACUUUCCAGAGGACCAAGACAAGGACUAUGUGGGCUUUGCCACACUGCCAAACCAAGUGCACCGUAAGUCUGUCAAGAAGGGCUUUGACUUCACCCUGAUGGUAGCAGGGGAGUCUGGUCUGGGCAAGUCCACCCUGGUCAACAGCCUCUUCCUCACAGACCUCUACAAGGACAGGAAGCUACUCAACGCUGAGGAGCGGAUCACUCAGACAGUGGAGAUCACUAAACACACAGUGGACAUUGAGGAGAAGGGCGUCAAGCUGAAGCUCACCAUCGUAGACACCCCUGGCUUUGGAGACGCUGUCGAUAACACUGAAUGCUGGAAGUCAGUGGCGGACUACAUCGACCAGCAGUUUGAGCAGUACUUCAGGGACGAGAGUGGACUGAACAGGAAGAACAUCCAGGAUAACAGAGUCCACUGCUGCCUCUACUUCAUUUCUCCCUUCGGACACGGCCUGAGGCCUCUGGAUGUGGAGUUUAUGAAGGCCCUUCAUGAGAAGGUCAACAUUGUGCCAAUCCUGGCCAAGGCAGAUACACUCACACCCACCGAGGUCAAGAAAAAGAAAUUCAAGAUCCGAGAGGAGAUCCAGCAGUAUGGGAUUAAGAUCUACCAGUUCCCAGACUGUGACUCUGAUGAGGAUGAGGACUUCAAACAGCAGGAUCAGGAGCUCAAGGACAGUAUACCGUUUGCGGUGAUCGGCAGCAACACGGUGGUGGAGGCCAAAGGGAAGAGGGUCAGGGGUCGUCUCUACCCCUGGGGCAUCGUGGAAGUGGAGAACUCGGCCCACUGUGACUUUGUGAAGCUGAGGAACAUGUUGGUGAGGACACACAUGCAGGACCUGAAGGAUGUGACACGGGAGACCCACUAUGAGAACUACAGGGCUCACUGCAUUCAGAGCAUGACCCGCAUGGUGGUGAAGGAACGCAACCGCAAUAAACUGACCAGGGAGAGCGGCACAGACUUCCCCAUCCCUGUGAUACCAAGUACCACAGACACAGAGACGGAGAAGCUAAUCCGAGAGAAAGACGAAGAGUUGCGGCGAAUGCAAGAGAUGCUCACAAAGAUCCAGGAACAGAUGCACACGCAGAAGGAGGCCUAUUAACCAAGGCUACCACGAGAACCCCUUUCCCCUGUGUAAAUAUAGGCCCCUUCUUUCCACUACUAGGGUGGGCACCCCUAGUACCACUCUACUCUAGUCCACAAACAUUGUCUGCUCCAGCUCAUCCAAACCCAACUGCCACCACUCCUCAUUUAGUCAAUAACCCCAACUAUCAGAGACUGAUCCAAGACCAGGCAUGAGGCAUUUACAGACAGGUGGCGGCAUGGCGAGAAGUUUCUUCUUCCAACAACAUGGAAGCCUUGCAUCUCCACACCUGUUGUGGAAACUCUAACGGUAACAACGGGCACCCCUGUCAGGUGCCAUUGCUAGAGCACAACACUGGUCCGGACAGCACAGACCUAACCACCUGCUUGUCCUUACAGGGUUAUGGCCGGGUCCUGCCUGCCUGCCUUCCACCCAUAGUUUAUAUGUGGUCUUGUCAAAAGAUAACUUUUUGCCUUCCAGUUUUGUCGCUAAUGUUCCUUGAUGUUUCUCCUUAGUGAACUCUAACCCCUGACAUUGGUUAAGGGAUAGACUGUAGAGCAUGUGUUGUCCUGUCCCUCUGCUAGGUGUUUGAAAGUUUAUAUUGUAACACGUUUAGAUGUGUGGUCUUAACCAACCUAGACAAGGUAUGGUUUGAGGGAGGUUGGCCUGCCAGAUUUGUAUUUUUUUGUCAUGCACAAUUUUUUCCCAAGAGCAUUUUUAAAAGGUCAAUACUGUAGAUGGGGAUCUUUUUUUACUAUUACAGGAUUGCAUCUAUCACUUGUAAUUAUUUUAUUUGCAUUGCUACACAGAAUAGCAAGAAAUUCCUUGUUGUGGAAUGAAUGACAAAUGUUACUGAAGUAGUGUUGUGUGUUUUUGGACAAAUGUAUGUUAAUAGGGCUAAUUAGUUUCCUUCAUGUUUCCAGUUCUAGCAUGCUCAAAUCUGGGUUGUUCGUUCUUGUAUAUAACUGACAAAGGAAACCCACUACUUACAGUUCUGAUAUCUGUAAUGAUAGUUUCCUGGAAUAUUGUUGACUUGCAGCUCUCCAGGGUCGUGUUCAGGGUCUUGUUAAAACUUUCUGCAGCGAAAACCAAAAGGUGUGUUCUUAGAACGGGAUUCAAUCCGAUUAUAGACAUUGUGACUUUUAAAGGCAAUUUCAGAUUGAGCUGACAUGCACAUUUACGUGAUAGGAUCUCCGCAAACAUGGGGAACAUUGCCUUUUAAAACCCGAGAUUGGACUGAAUCCCGGCCCGAAUGGACAAGUUCAGGCAGUAACUCCCUGUAGAAUUAUAUUUUUUUUACUGAACACGACCCAAAAGGAGAAAAGAGCAGGCUUGAGCUACUUAAGUGCCAGUCAAGAGACGCUGGCCUGGGGACCAAGCAGACAGGACAAGCCCCUUAUUCUGUCGGAUGUCAGGGGUUAGAGAAUGACCGGAUCGCCUCGUAUCUUAUAGAAGUGUCUGAUAUAGCAAGCCUUCAUUCAUGGGUUGAUAAACUCCGUAGACUUGAUGUUGAUUGUGGACAGUAAGUAUGCACCUACUCUUUUGAAGUACAUAUGUUUGUGGAUGGUUUUAUUAUGCAGUCAAAACAAGAAAUCAUGUAAUUAUUAUUUAGGUAUUUUCAACUUCCACGUUUCCCCACAAUUUUUGGCUUUAAACAAGUUUUGUUAUAAGAUGAAUAGUUGUGUAUUUAUUUUCCUCGGGUGCAAAUAUGAGGUCAUUCACAAGGAACAAGUCAUGAGAUAAAAAAAUACAUGUUUUGGAUUGUAUGAAUAUGCCAGAAAUUAAUGUUUCAAUGAGAAUAAAAUAUUUCAGAUCUGUA